GAGGAGCGGUACACCGAGCUGGAGGGGCUUGCCGAGGAGUCCAUGGCCGAGGCCUCCCGCGAGGCCGAUGCGAAGUACGCCGAGCUGGAGAGGCUGGCAGAGGAGUCCGUGGCAGAGGCCGUUCGCGAGGCGGAGGAGAAGUUAAGGGCUCUGGAGGCUGAGUUGCAGCAGGCCCGGGACGAGGUGGCGCAGGAGCGGGAGAGGCAGACCGCCCUGGAGGAGGAGCUGCGGCAGGCGAGGGAGGGCGCGGCGCGGCCCGGCGGCCUGGCGGAG